AUGACACACGAGAGUAAGCGGCGACCUGAAAGUGAUGAUCCCUGCAUGCGACACUGGGCUAGGCCAGUCAGCAUUAGUAAUGGAGGGGUAUCACAAGAGCAGGAGACUCACGUAUACGAGAAAUAUUUUAUUCCUUUUUUUCUACAGGCUUUUGUUGUUCAAUACAUGGGUGAUGUGCACAUGAAGGCAAUGGAAGCAUCAUACGCAACGAUUCUCUGGGGCGUAGCGCUAGCUGUCGUGGGCUUCCUCUCCCACCGUAUCAUUGCAAUUGCCCUUCGCCCGCACUCUUCGCGGUUCAACGGUCUCCCACGGCCAAAGGGCCAGCAACCUUUCGCCGGACAUGCUUUGCGCAUUCUUCGCGGUGGGGGGCCUAACGAUGUGUAUCUGCAAUGGACGCGACAGUGGCCCGACGCACCUUUCAUAAGGUGUCUUUCGUGGCUCAACGAGGAGAUCUUGCUAGUGAAUAGUCUAGAAGCAUGUCGCGAGGUACUCCAGACCAAUGCAUAUUUCUUUGCCAAGCCUGGCUUCUUUCAUACGCUCGUAGGAGAGUUUCUAGGCCUUGGGUUGCUGUUUAGUGUAGGGGAACAGCACAAGAGGCUGAGGAGGAUUAUCGCAGGGCCUUUGUCAAGACCGAGUAUAAGAAAGUUGUUUCCGACAUUUGUGACCUACUCUCAAAAGCUAAACCGCGAGAUCGGAGAAGCUUUAGAAAGAAGUAAGAGUGGGAUUGUUGAGAUUGAAGACCUUAUCAUUCGUGUCACACUCGACAUCAUUGGAGUGUCACUACUGGGAAGAGAACUGCGUGACUUCCGCUCGGAAUCAUCUCCACUGUCUUUCGAACAAUGCUAUAACGCCAUUCUCGCUCAGCCACUUGCCGGUCAGAUCAUAAGCUUCAUCAAUCCGUUCAUCCCGUUGAGAUGGCUGCCUGUGUCAGCCAACUUGAACUUUAUCCGCGCCAAAUCCGCUCUGAAGACCAUGAUGGAGGGCCUCAUUGAGCAGCGCACGGCUGAAGUAGGGGCUGCGAAGCUAAUGAAUGAAGAUGAUAAACUCUCGGAUGACCUUUUGACCAGGAUGAUUGAAGCGAGCGCUGAAGAAAGUCAGAAGCUUUCAAAAGAAGAGUUGAUCGAUAUUACGAUGCAGGUCAUCGCUGCUGGACAUGAGACGACUGCUAGUGCUCUAGUCUGGACAGCAUAUUCACUUGCUAAGGACCCUGCUUCACAGCAAAGCUUGCGAGCAGAAAUUCAUUCACUGGGUACAGAAAUGUCCGCCAAGGGAAUUGACGAACUACCCUUUCUCGACAAUGUCAUCCGCGAAGCCAUGCGUGUCCACUCGCCCACUCUGAUAAUACCAUGGGAAGCGCAGAAGGACAUGACCAUUGCCGGUACACAUAUUCCUAAAGGAACAACAGUACAGAUUGUACCAGCGAUGAUCCAGCUGAACCCAGAAAUCUGGGGUAGCGAUGCUGAUGUAUUCAGGCCUGGACGAUGGGAAGAUAUGGGUGGCAAUGCAUCUAGUCCUUACGCCAUGGAGACGUUUUCGAAUGGUCCGCGAAUGUGUCCUGGUAAAGCACUGGCGCUGUUGAAUAUGAAGGUUUUGCUGGUGGGAUUGAUCAGAGACUUCGAAAUGGAGAUAGUGGACGAUGGAAAAGAGGUGGAGUUGAGAAAUCCAAGUUUGACGUUGAAGGCGAAGUCGCUCAUUCAGUUUAAGAUGAGGAAAGUCAGCUAG